AUGUUUGCUUGCAAGAAUGGUCACACUCAAAUAGUUGAACUGAUGCUGAAGAACCAAAUUGAUCCUAAUGUUCAGAAGAAUAAUGGUUGGAAUGCCCUUAUGUCGGCUUGUAAAAAUGGUCACACUCAGAUAGUUGAACUGUUACUGAAGGAACAAAUUGAUCCUAAUAUUCAGAAAAAUGAUGGUUGGAAUGCUUUAAUGCUUGCCAGUGCUAAAGGACAUUAUGAAGUAGUUAAAUUAUUAUUAGAAUGGAAAGCUGAUCCAACUAUUAAAUCUAAUGAAGGCAAGACUGCAUUGAAGUUUGCAAAAACUAUGGAAAUAUCUGUAUUACUUAAUAGUUACUUAAGAGAGCACAUAGAACAAGAAGAUGAUGCUGCUAGUGCUUCAUUUACCAGUAGAUCUAGUAUAAAGAGUGCUUCUUCCACUUUGAGUUUACUCAGUUUAGAUAUGUGUAAUGUUAGUGGUAACAAAGGUUAUAUGUAUUAAU